GUCUACUUCCUAUUUCCUGGGACGUCAGAGGGAGCAUAUUAUCAGCAAGAUGGCGGCUGUAGACGUGGAAGAUGAGAGCAUUCUUGCUUCUAUUUUCAAAGACAGCUUUCCAGACAACUGGAGAGACAAUCCGGACUUUGCAGCCUAUUUGGCAGAGCUUAGCUCAUUUGGGGUGGAGAAGCUGAAUCGGGAGCCUGAGAAAUUAGCGGAGGAGCGGGGUCAGAUUCAACAGCAGACUCGGGAGCUGGCCUUCUCAAACUACAAAACAUUCAUACGCACAGCUGACUGCACGAAGGAGAUCUAUCGGGAUUUCGGUCGCGUGGAGAGCAGUGUAUCCAAACUGCUUGACAAGUUGCCUAGCUUCGGGGAAAGAUGCAGGGGUUUUGUGAAGGGGGCGGAGGACAUUGGGGUCAGUCGGCGUAUGAACAGCUUGACCCUGAACCGCCACACCGAGAUUCUGGAGAUCCUUGAAAUACCACAGCUCAUGGACACCUGCGUCCGAAACGGCUACUACGAGGAGGCGCUAGAGUUAGCAGCCUACGUCAAGCGACUGGAGAAAAAGCAUUCCUCCAUACCGGUCAUUCAGGGUAUCAUCCACGAAGUCCGCCAGUCCGCGCAGCUCAUGCUGAACCAGCUGCUGCAGCAGCUGCGCAGCAACGCCCAGCUGCCCGUGUGCCUCCGCGUGAUCGGCUACCUGCGGCGGAUGGACGUGUUCACGGAGGCGGAGCUGCGCGUGAAGUUCCUGCAGGCCCGGGGCGGCUGGCUCCGCUCCAUCCUGGCGGCCGUGCCGGAGGACGACCCCUACCUGCACAUCACCAAGACCAUCGAGGCCUGCCGCGUGCACCUGUUCGACAUCAUCACGCAGUACCGCGCCAUCUUCUCCGACGAGGACCCGCUGCUGCCGGCCGGGGCGCGGGCCGUGAACGAGAGCGCCAUCUUCCACGGCUGGGUGCUGCAGAAGGUGGCGGAGUUCCUGGAGACGCUGGACCGGGACCUGCAGCGCGGCGUGGGCGGCCGGCUGGACUCGCUGCUCGGGCAGUGCAUGUACUUCGGCCUGUCCUUCAGCCGGGUGGGCGCGGACUUCCGCGGGCAGCUGGCCCCCAUGUUCCAGCGGGUCGCCAUGGCGACGUUCCGCUCCGCCGUGCAGGAGGCCGUGGACAAGUUCCAGGACGACAUGAACAUGUUCACGCUCAUCUCCCUGCCCACCAUGCUGGGCGGGGCCCUGCCUCCCGUGGCCCCCGGCACCCAGCCCGGCUCUCUGCAGCCUCCCAUGUCUCUCCUGGACUUCCCGCCUCUCGCCUGCUUCCUCAACAACGUCCUGACCGCCUUCAACGACCUGCGGCUGUGCUGCCCGAUCGCCCUGGCCCCGGACGUGGCCAAAUGCCUGGAGGACGCCCUCAUGAAGGUGACCAAGCUGAUCCUGGCCUUCCACCGGGCUGAGGAGACUGCCUUCAGCAGCCGGGAGCAGGAGCUGUUUGUGCAGUUCAGCUGCGCCUUCGCGGAGGACAUGGUGCCGUUCCUUAACCGCUGCCUGCAGGUCCUGUUUCCUCCUACCCAGCUCGCAGUCGUACUGGGUAUUCCUCCUACACAGGUGCAGAAGUAUGAUGGCCUGGGCUGCAUCGAUGUGAACGCAGUGCUGGAGCCUCUGGAGUUUGUCGUGCCCAAGAGGGAGAUGCCGCCGUCGGAGGCCGAGCUCAGCGCCCAGCUCAUCAGCAUGAUGGAAGAGGCCCCCCUGGAGGAACCCAAGGCUACGGAACCCAAGGCUGAGGCCCUUCUGGUGGAACCCAGGGCUGAGGCGGAACCCAAGGCCGAGGAUUCCCUGGCCGAACCCAUGGCUGAGACUCCCCCAGUGGAAUCCAGGGCCGAAGCCCUCCCUGUGGAACCCCUGGCCAAACCCAGGGCUGAGGCCUCACCGAUGGAAGAGGACCCCCUGGGGGAACCCGAGUCAGAGUCUCCUCCACCGUCAGAACCCCACACGGACACUGCGGCAGAGCUGGAAGUAGUGCUCUCGCCCCUGCCCGAGGACGCAGGGGGUGAAGGUUCAGGUACAGAAGAUCUGGAGGAAUCGCCACACACUGGGGACGGUGGUUUAUAGGGGUUCCCAUUUCUUAAAAUACUAUUUAAAUCUGGAUUCUUGCAACUUUCCCAUUUCCUGCCAAAAGCAACGUUUUGGCCUUGAAAAUUCCGUCUGGUAAAAAGUGCACUUAAGGGAUAAUCAAUGUUGAGAGAAUCCUUUGUACCUGUGAAACCAGAAGCACUCUACAAUUUCUCUGUAAGCUAUAUAUGUUUAAUCGGUCUCCCUUUCCACAAUGAUAUUCCCUGUUAUCAAAAUGGUAAUUUGCACACAAUCCCUGCCCAUUCUUGUUGGGGUCAUUGGAUAUGUAACUGUAAAUAUGGAUGUCUCCAGACUAAUUUAACCAAUAAAGGGUGUUUAUUGCA